AGGUCCAGGCACCACAGGGAAUCUUUGACCGCUGCGCCUCCAGAAACCACACAUAUCACUCUUUUAGAAACUAAUCCAUGCUUGGUGCACUACUGCAACAAAGGAAGAGAAUGCAUCCUGGAUGAAUCCGGAGAAGCGUCCUGCGUCUGCCAACGGAAGUGUCCGGAAGUGGAGGGUCGUCGGGGUCGAAGGUUGGUGUGCGGAUCGGACGGGCACAUCUACUCCAGCCACUGCGACCUCCAUCGAACGGCCUGUCUCUCCGGGAUCUCCGUUUCCGUCCGAAGAGGUGUCCACUGCAUCAAACACGGCAAAGGAUGGGCGAAUCCGGAGCACGAGGCCCAAUGGCUGCGUCCAUCUCCGACGACGCCAAUUACAACCACCACCGCAGUCAACACCGUCGCAACCAUAACAGAUGCAACAAUGUUAACAACGGAAACUCCGGUGAUGGUUUCUUCGGAGAUACCUGAAGAAAUGACAGAGCCUGCGGUCGUUGACAACGAAAUAGAAUCGGGUGAGUUCAUGGGUAAAGAGAAUCCGGAUGGAUGCACGAUGCAGGAGUACGAGAUCAUGAAGGAUAAUCUGCUGCUGUACAAUCACGCCAGAUUGAUGUCGCAGGACAACCACAGCAAGGACUAUCUAGUCUCGAUCAUGUUUUCGCAUUACGACAGCAACAACAACGGCAACCUGGAACCGACGGAGCUGAACGAGAUCGCCCGCGAGGAGCAUCUGAACAGUCUGAGCAGCGGCUGCUCACUCGAGGACAUGAUUAACUUCGAGGACGGCGAUCGAAAUGGAAAGCUGAGCAUCAACGAGUUCUACAUCGCAUUCAGCAAACUGUACAGCGUUUCCGUCGUAUCUCUGGACAAGGCUUUGGAAACUAAUAGAGUGACCGCAAGGGUCGGCGAUAACGUCGAGAUAAAAUGCGACGUGACCGGAUCCCCGGUUCCACCGAUCGUUUGGCGCAGGAACCAUCUGGAUCUGUCGACCAUCGGCGAAGAGGAGGUCAGGGUCUUCGCAGAUGGAUCUCUCUAUUUGACGAGGAUACAGCUUCAGCAUGCGGGAAAUUACACGUGUCACGCUCAACGCAACAAAGACGUAGUGCAAACGCACAUACUUACAGUGCACACCGUUCCCGAGGUCCACGUAACACCGCGCAUUCAAUCCAAGAGACCCGGAGAGGAUGUCGUCAUGUAUUGUCACGUUGCUGGAGAGCCGUUCCCUAAGGUGGAAUGGUUGAAGAACGAUGAGCCUCUGCAUUUGGAUAGUCCCAAGAAGUACCAGAUCGUCGGGAAUGGAACGGCGCUGAGGAUCAGGAAGAUAGGUUUUGCGGAUACCGGAGCUUACAUGUGCCAAGCAACGAACACAGGAGGAUUAACGAGGGACAUUAGUUCUUUGGUGGUGCAGGAGCAGCCGACCCCUUCCGCCCCCAAUGAGGAGCGACGUUUCUUCGCGUUCCACGAACGAGGAGUGUCCGUCUACGAGCCCACCACGUGCCGCCUCUACCAUCAAAUACAAUCCACCGAUAUUAUACCAGGAACUCAGGAAUCCGUUUGCGGUGGUAAAGGGGUAAAAUGCGUGUGGGGGAGGGCCGUCAACGUUGCCAAUAGAUACGUCUACGCCACUCAGCCUGACAAGGAUCGGAUCCUAAUCAUCUCCAAAGUUCAGAUGGUCGUGGUUGACGUUGUAGCGACGGAUAAAUUCCCGGUUGAUCUGUAUUACGUUCCGCACUUGGAUCAAGUAUGGAUUUUGAAUUGGCGCUCGACGAAUAACACUGGAAUAAAGACGGUACAGGUGAUACGUGACGCCGGACAGAAAAGAAAACAUCACACCGUGCAUCCGGAACCAAUCGAUGGGCAAUUCGACCUCGUGCGAGGAUUAUUCAUACCGUCUCCGAAUCAGGAGCUGUCGCAUUACAGUUUCAAGUAUGGGUACGUGACGCACACGAACCAGAGGGGUUUGUACAAAUUGGACUUGGCCAAUUUGCGGUACACGAGGUCCGUGGAUCUGACCCCGUACAAUUGCGUUCCGGCCCAGGUCCAAUUCUCCGCUCUGUACGGCCUGGUGAUAAUGCAGUGCCUGGAGCCGGUGACUGGUCAUCCGACAGGACAACUUCUCUUGGACUAUUUAACAGACACUGUUGUCGCCACGAAGCCAGGAUUGCCCGGAGUUCCUUUCAUCUCUCCGGACUCCAGAAAACUUGUCACACUCGACAGAACGGACAGCGGAGCCACACUCAUCGUCCAAGAAAUUACACCAACCGGAGUGACGUUCUCGUUCGACGUGAAGACUACUCUGAACAUAUCCGACAUCACGUUCUACCCGAGCGAGACGACGCACAGCUACGACAUCUACGCUAGCGCCCAAGACAAAGAGGACAUCCUCUUCCUGAACCUUCUGACCGGAAAAGUGGAGAUCAUAACAGGCGUGGGCAGAGCCAUGGCACCGGAAAUGGCGAAAUGGGGAAACCCGAAUCGUCCGAUCGGCGGAUCAGGACUUUUCGGUCAAUACAUGGUGACUCCGGCCAACGAAGCUCUGUUCGUGAUCAACGGAAGAUCUCGGACCGUGAACUGCGAGAUCGGAGCUGUGGCUCAUCCGAGUUCUAUAGUCUGGACAACUUUGAAGUACCAUUGAGCAACAUAUAAGAAACAUUAACCAGAAGGGAAACAACACAACAAGGAGAAAAAAAUACACGUAAAAAUUUUGGAAAAAAAAAAUUAAAUACACACACAUCAUCCA